AUGGGUAAAUCAGCGCUCAUUAUUUCGUCUUUCAUCAUUUUUGCCUCUGCAUUAGAGGUAUCUGACAUUCCUCCAGAGUAUAGAGCCCUUCUCCCCAAGGAUUUGAAUCAGUUUAUAAGGAACCUUUCUGAAGAAGAAAAGCUUGCGCUUUUAACCACUUUCAAAAAUCGCAAUGAGCCAAUUGAAGAACGACUUGUGCAUAUUUUCAUCGCCGAAAUUAAGAAGAAAUCCCCUCAACUUGGCAAUAUGGUCGAGCGGGCAAGCGACAUAAUCAGAGACAAGAUUGCGGCCCUCAACCCUGAAGCUCAAGCCUUCGCUCAAAAAAUGCGAGAAAGCGGCAUUCAGUUGGUGUCUAAACUAAUAGCAGGCAAAGUGCCAAGCAUCGCAGAAGUUCGCAAGGCUACUUCUACUUUGCUUACCAACUAUAAAGAGCUUUCGAUCGAUGCCCAGGAAGACUAUAGAAAAAAGUUUCCAUUAACCAGCAUUGCUCUAACAGGUAUUUCUCGUUCUGUAUAA